UGUGGCUGGUUGUAGAAAUUAUCCAAAAAUGUUGCCUUUGUACUUGGCGGUUGCUUAUUACCUCAUUUUAACGCGAGUUAUACCGGGUAUCUAUCAGAACUGGAAGAGAAGGAGACAGCUGACCUUACGGAGGAGAGUAGUGCUCUUCACCCGCUAUCCAACCCCAGGGAAAACCAAAACAAGAUUAAUUCCCGCCCUCGGGGCAUCUGGGGCCGCCCACCUUCAGCUGCUAAUGAGCAAUCACAUAAUGUCCGCGUUAAAGAAGGCUCAGCUUGCCAUCAGCAAUCUCUGCAUUGAAGUGCGUUAUUAUGGAGGAAGCCAGCAGGACAUGGACUACUGGAUAGGGAGCAGAGGGUCUGAUCCUGUGCUUGUUUAUAGGAAACAAGAAGGAGCUGAUUUGGGAGAGAGAAUGAGCAACGCUCUCUUGGAAGCAAUGAAAGAAGGAGCUCAAACUGUCCUAAUUGUUGGAUCUGAUAUACCAGGGAUAUCUCCGGAUUUGAUUUGUGAAGGAUUCAAACUAAUAGAAGAUGAAAGUUCUGACAUUAUUCUAGGACCAGCAAUUGAUGGUGGAUACUACACUGUGGGUGCAUCAGCAAGAGCUGAAGCUAAAAUCAGUCAGUUAUUUAAAGGUAUAGAUUGGGGGACUGAUAAAGUACUCCAGCAACAGAUAGAGGCUGCUAGUGCAUUAGGAUUGAAACUGAAACUACUAGCAACAGAACUUAAUGACAUUGAUCAAGAUGAGGAUUUACCAAUAGUUCAAAAGUGUAUGGGUAUCAGUAAAACUGAUAUAUUAAAACCACACUGGUCUAUUGUGAUACCAGUACUCAAUGAAUCUCACAACUUGGACAGAGUCAUUAGAACACUAGUUGAAAAUGCAGAUUCACCUGAAAGAUUAGAGAUUGUGCUAGCAGACGGUAAGAGCACAGAUAAUCCUGAGAAAGUUGUGGAGGAACUAAGAAAUGAAUUUAAAGGAAGAGGAGUAAAACUUAAAUUAAUUACCUGCAGUCAAAGAGGUAGAGGAGUCCAGUUAAAUGAAGGAGCAGCAGCCACCAGUCAUAAGCUGCUCAUGUUCAUACAUGCUGACAGUCAGCUACCUGUUCAUUAUGACUCUAAAGCUAUUAAUAUACUAACUAAACCUGGAGUUACUGCUGGGGCAUUUCACUUUGGACUUGAUGUACUACAUGUAACAGAAAAGAGGAAGGAGGUUUCAUGGUGGUUCUUGCAACAGAUGAAACUAUUAGAGUGGGGGACAAAAAGAAGAUCAAUACACUAUGAAUUACCUUAUGGUGAUCAAGGGUUGUUCAUGUGGAGGAAUACAUUUGAUAGUGUGGGAGGUUACCCAAUGUACAGACUAAUGGAAGACUUUGAAAUGGUUGCAAGACUCAAGAAGAUAGGACAUAUUGGAUUUGUUGAAGGUAUGCCAUUACUGACUUCAGCUAGGAGAUGGCAGAAACAUGGCUACCUCAAGAUUACUGGUAUGAAUACAUUUAUCAUAAUGGCUUACAAGUGUGGAGUACAUCCCAAUACUCUAGCCAGGUGGUACUAUGGACAGUGAAUCAAGACUAUUUUUGAUAUGUAUAAUCAGAAAUGUUUAUUAUUUAGUUCAAGCUAUGUCAAGAAUUGCACACAAUAACUUUGAGAGUGUA